AUGUCGUACAUCGACGACGCACACUACGCUUUUAGCUGUGUCGAGUUUGCGUCCUCGCCAUCGUUUCCGAUGUACUGCGGGUCACCUGACCACAUCAUGCAACUCCCAUCCAAGGACGCCUCGAUGAUGCUCUACGCGUACCAACCACCGACGUUCUAUGCACCGCCGUCCCCCAUUUGCAUCGAGUACCCGCCCAUGAUCUUUUCAGCGCCAACAUGUUUGGUCCCGGCGUCGCCGCAGUUUGAGAUGACCAACGACAUGCCCUCCGUGUGCCUCACGAAUGGCUGCCACGCGCGCAUUCCGUGGCGCCGGGGCCACUGCCGCGACCACGGAGCUGUCAAAAAGUGCGGUCACCCCGGUUGCUCCCGCGGCCCCCAACGGGGGGGCUUUUGCAUCACCCACGGGGGUGGCCGUCGCUGCUCAGUUGAUGGUUGUCUCAAGGCCGUUCAGACCGCCGGUCUCUGCAAGUCCCACGGCGGCGGCAUCCGCUGCGGCGCUGACGGCUGCGACAAGAGUUCGCAAGGCGGCGGCUAUUGCCGAAAACACGGUGGCGGCAAGCGCUGCGCUGCAGCCAGCUGCGACAAGGGCGUCCAGCGAGGCAGCUACUGCGCCAAGCACGGUGGAUUUCAGUACUGCAAAGUGGACGGCUGCCACCGGACCGACCGCGGUGGUGGCUUUUGCGACGUGCACCGGAAGAACAUGGCGUGCGCGUUCUCUGGCUGCAUGCGCAUGGCGCGCAAGCAAGGCCUCUGCGUCGCCCAUGCGAAGCGGUACGUGGCGACGCGCGACGGCGUCGAGCCGCGCGCCAUGGGCUGUCCACCGACAUCGUAUUCCACAGCGACAUCGCCAAUUAGCGUGUCCGAGCACAGCGCAGAGUAUGCGAUUUAACCUAUCAGCACUUAUUUUAUCGUCAUUUACUUUGCCGCACUCUUAUUGUAUUAAUACACGUACGCUCAUAGAUCGA